AAAAAUUUAAUCGUAUCGUUACGAUAUUGCCUUCGAGCACGGUUCUGGCAUAAUAUUCUGUCUGGUGACUAUAUAAAGCUGGUUGAACGCAACAUUCUCGGCUUUUUGUAAGCCCAUAAGCUUUAUCGUAAUGGCUUCCUCUAGUGUGCCAAAGUUAUAUUGUAGUGUGAUAGAAGAUGUAAUAUCUAGUGUGAGAGAAGCAUUCAUAGAUGAAGGAGUUGAUGAACAAGCUCUUGCUGAAUUGAAACAGGUUUGGGAAAAGAAAGUGCAAGAAUCUAAAGCAAUUGAAAGGGAAGUUGAAGCUCCUAUUAAUAAGGCACCUGUGUUACAACCUGUUCAACAGACUACAAAUAUAGGAACUUCAGCAACUAUUACUCACCAGUUGGCUAUGCCUACCGCUAAUAUUGUCCCACAAACUUUAUUGCAGUAUACCAAUGCUGAUGCUCAAAAAACUAUGCAACUUAACUUGCCGCAAAAAUUAACAUUAACUGUUCCAGCCCAUUUAGCUCAGUCUGGUCUUCAAACUUUGGUUUCUGCUCCAAGUGGCACUACAGCCCUUCAGUUUCCUGCUGACCUUGCAUCAUUCUUCCAAGGAACUAAUGUUAUAACCUCUGGUCAUCCAAAUAGUAUCCAACAUGGUGGUCAACAAAUUGCUGGUGUUCAUUAUCAAACAUUAACUAGUGAACAGUUGAAAAAUGCUCAACAGUUUACUGUUACGAUUCCAGUUAGCUCAGCGCAAUCUCAGCCCAGUGUUAUUGGUCAGAUUGAUGGAGCAAAUGAUACGAGUGAUGAUGACGAUGAUGAUGAUUUUCAAGAUAAUGAUGAUGAUCGUGAUGACAAUGAUGAUGACCAAAAUGAAGAUGAUAUAGGGGAAGAAGAUGAGGAACCCUUGAAUUCUGCUGAUGAUGUUAGUGAAGAUGACCCAACUGACCUAUUUGAUACUGAAAAUGUUGUUGUCUGUCAGUAUGAUAAGAUAACAAGAAGCAAAAACAGAUGGAAAUUUCAUUUAAAGGAUGGCAUCAUGAAUCUACAAGGCAAAGACUUUGUUUUCCAGAAAGCUCUAGGUGAUUCUGAAUGGUAGCAUGCCUGUGUUCCUGAUUAUUCCUCUUCUCAUUUUAAUCAUCAUCAUCUUGACAAUCCUCAUUGGUCAGUACCUUUGAUGGCUAGUAUCAAAAGUUAAUGAUUUGCGGCAUCUGGCUGACAAUAGGUUGUCAUGACUUUCAUUCGGGACUGAGAACAGCAAGUUGUUUAAUCAUACCUUUUUUUAAACUAUUUGUACAGUACUGUGUCUCCUCCAAUGCUAUUUUCUGGCAUCUUGAAUUUUGAUACGACUCUUCCACAAACUUGUAGUUUCUAUUUUAAACAGUUUAAAGAUAAUUUUGUUUCGCCUGCCUUUGUAUCAAUGUCUAUGCAAUUUUAUCGAAUCCUCUACCAAAAGUGGAUAAAUUUCUAUAUUUCUAGCUAAACUUUAUGAUAUUGUAUUAGUUUAUUUUCUUUUUUUAGCCAAAUCUGGUGUGUUGUCUCGUAAUGCAAAUUUUUUUUCUUUUUUAAUUUCAUGCAUAUUCCAAUGAAAAAUUUAUUUCAAAGCAGAUGAAAGUCAAAAUUCCUGAGCUACAAUU